GUCCUUCGAGAGGGAGUCAGUCGGGGCCGGGCGGCUAGAGGCCUCUGUGUGCUGUCAGUGGAAUGUGCGCUCAACUCAAGGAUGUUAGCUGACAGGGCUUCCGAUGUCUACGUCAGGACUGCCUGGGGCCACGCCGAGCUUGCCCUAGCACAGAUCAACAAGGGAAAAGCCGAAGGAUCUCGAACAGCAAUUUGGGUCCGAAGCAGAAUACAAGCUGAAUUAUUUCACCUUGGAUGCCUUCUUCAUUGUCAUCCUGGAAAAGUAAUUUUUGUUGCCGCUCUUCUUCUAGCUUCUUUCUCUGUUGGUCUGAAAAGUGCUGUUUUUCAUACGAAAAUAGAACAACUUUGGAUUGAAGAAGGGGGAAAUGUUGAACGAGAACUACGCUACAGGCAAAUGGCUCUGGGAGAAGACUCUCUUGACACUCAUCAACUGCUUAUUCAGACAGGAAAGUCUCCGGAAUCUUCAGUUCUUCAUCCAGCUAGCCUACUCAAACACGUAGAAAUUGUAAAAGUUGCAGUACAGCAUAGUAUUCAACUUUUUGAUGUAACUUGGAGACUAAAAGAUAUGUGUUAUACACCAAGUAUUCCUAAUUUUGACCUCCACUACAUCGAUCAGAUAUUUGAAAAUAUAAUACCGUGUGCCAUAAUAACCCCAUUAGACUGCUUUUGGGAAGGAUCCAAACUAUUAGGACCCGAUUAUCCAGUUACUAUCCCAUUCAGUGGAGAACUAGGAUCUAAAGUGCGUUGGACAAACUUGAAUCCACAAAAGAUUUUGGAAACUAUGAAGAAUUUAGAUACUGGAUUCCCUUAUGAAACUCUUGAACAACAUAUGAAAAGGGCUGGAAUUACUACUGGAUACCAAGAAAAACCUUGUUUAAACCCAAGAGAUGAAGAGUGUCCAGAUACAGCACCUAACAAGCGAAGUGCACAGGAGCCUAAUGUUGGUACAGAGUUAACUGGUGGAUGCUAUGGAUUUGCAGCCAAUUACAUGCAUUGGCCUGAAGAACUAAUUGUUGGUGGAGUAAAGAAAAAUAAAACUGGCCACAUACAAAGAGCUCAUGCCCUCCAAACUGUAGUACAAUUAAUGAGUGAAAAAGAGCUUUAUGAAUUCUGGUCAGAGAGCUAUAAAGUUCACUCUAUGGAUUGGAGCCAAGAAGCUGCAGCAGUGGUAUUAGAUACAUGGCAAAAAACAUUUUCACAGGAAGUUCAACGCUUAAUGAUGAAAGACAAUGAUACAUCUCCAUACAAAGUUUUUUCUUUCUCUACUGCUACUCUUAACGACAUACUGCAACAGUGUUCUCAACUGAGGCUAUUUAAAAUCUCUAUUGGAUACAUAAUAAUGGCAGUCUAUGCAGCAGUAUCUCUUAUUCGUUGGAAUGAUCCUCUGAGAUCUCAUUGCAGUCUUGGUAUUGCAGGAGUUAUUCUCGUAUCAGCUACAGUUUCUGCAGGACUGGGUUUUUGUGCUGUGUUAGGAAUAGCAUUUAAUGCAUCAACUACUCAGAUUGUUCCGUUUUUGGCUUUGGGUCUUGGUGUUGAUGACGUAUUUUUGUUGACUAACACAUAUCUACAACAAGCCACAAAUAAUACACCAGCUGAGGAACAAACUGGUUUAUUGUUGAAGAAAACAGGCUUAAGUGUUCUUCUGACAUCUCUUAGCAAUAUGUGUGCAAUGUUUGCUGCUGCCAUCAUACCUAUACCAGCAUUGAGGGUAUUUUCAUUGCAGUCAGCUGUGCUUGUAUUAUUCAAUCUUGCUUCUGUUCUUUUAGUUUUCCCAGCUAUUAUUAGCUUGGAUCUUAGGAGGAAAAAUAAUGGAAAAUAUGAUAUUUUCUGUUGUUUGCCUGCACCUGGUAUUAUAUCACAUGCACCAGUUCCCAGAAGAUCAGCGGCCAAACUACAGACAAUUGCACGUGCUCUUCCUCCUGAUAGACAGCAAACUGUGACAGUUCUAGCCCCACCAAAGAAGCAGAAUAUGGAUAUAAACCACCCAAAAAGAAUUUUAAAUGGAGAUAACCCUGAUAGAAACACUAAAAAUAAUGAUGUUAAUACCAGCCAAAGUUUACUGAAUUUAAUAGCAAAAGCUUAUGCUAAAAUUAUUAGUAAACAUGGUGUUAAAGUGUUUUCUGUGAUGGUGUAUUUGAUGGUGUUGUGUGCUAGCGUCUGGGGUACAAUGAAAGUGAAUGAUGGACUUGAUCUGACUGAUAUUGUGCCUCAAAACACAAAUGAAUAUGAUUUUUUAAAUGCACAAGGAAAAUAUUUUGGUUUUUAUAACAUGUAUGCAGUUACACAGGGAGAUUUUGAAUAUCCAACCAACCAAAGAUUACUCUAUGAAUACCAUGAUGCAUUUAUGAGAGUUCAAAAUAUAAUCAAGAAUGAUGAUGGUGGUCUCCCAAAGUUUUGGUUGGGUCUUUUCCGAGAUUGGUUAAUAGGACUACAAAAAGCUUUUGAUCGUGACUGGAAGCGUGGAAGUAUAAACCAAGAAAGAUGGUUUCCUAAUGCUUCUGAUGAAGGCAUAUUGGCAUAUAAACUAUUAGUUCAAACUGGCCAUGUUGACAACCCCAUAGAUAAAUCACUUGUUACACAAGUCAAAUUAGUAGAUUCUGAAGGGAUCAUCAACCCGAAAGCAUUUUAUAACUAUUUAUCUGCAUGGGUGUCAAAUGAUGCUUUUGCUUAUGGUGCUUCUCAAUCAAACUUACAUCCAACCCCUAAAGAGUGGUUUCAUGUCGCCAAUGAUUUUGAUUUGAAAAUUCCUAAAAGUGCACCACUUGUAUAUGCUCAGCAACCAUUUUAUUUACAUGGCCUGAGUGACACAGGGACCAUUACAAAAAUGAUCACACAAGUCAGAGAAAUAUGCAACAGAUUUGAGGCAAGAGGUCUUCCGAAUUUUCCAUCUGGGAUCCCAUUUCUGUUUUGGGAGCAGUAUAUAAGCCUGAGAAAGUCUCUAACUAUAGCAGUGGCUUUAGCAUUGUUAGCUGUGUUUAUUGUCAUAAGUUUAUCUCUCUUGAAUGUAUGGACAGCAGUGCUUAUCACAUUUAUGAUUGCUGGGAUGAUUUUACAACUUUUUGGCAUUAUUGGUGCUCUAGACAUAAAAUUGAGUGCUAUUCCUGCAGUUAUUCUGAUAAUUGCUGUUGGAUUUGGAGUUAGUUAUACCAUCAACAUGUCAUUGAGCUUCAUAACAUCUAUUGGUAACAAAGAUAGAAGAACAACAAUGGCUAUAGAGCAUAUGUUUUCAUAUGUAACUAGGGGUGCAAUUACUAUGACCCUUGCUUUAAUGAUGCUUGCUUUCUCAGAAUUUGAUUUCAUUGUUAAGUGUUUCUUUCACAUACUGCUGGCUUUUGUCGCAGUUGGACUCGUCAAUGGUCUUCUUUUUUUACCAGUAAUUUUAUCACUAAUUGGACCUGAGGCAGAGGUGAGACCUCUUAUGCAUGUUAAUCGAAUAUCAACACCAUCUCCAGAACCAGUGAAAAAAAUUAGACAGCAAUCAUGUAGAACAGGAACUACUCCUCCUAGAAGAGGAACAACAAAUGGACAAUGUCAUAGAGAACCAUCUCUUACCACAAUUACAGAGGAACCAUCUUGGCACUCGACAACACAUGAGAUUGUGGUUGAGCCUGAGUUUGUUGUUGAAACAACUACCUGCAACCAUACUCAUCCAAGAGCAAAUGGUAGUGAAAAUUCAUCUUGCAGUCAAAACUCAGAACCUCAUCCUUCAGCACAGCCACACAUCACAACCAAAGUUACUGCAACUGCUAAACUUAAAGUUGAAGUUCACACACCUAUAGGUUCCAUGGAUUCCUACACUAAAACUUGUAGAAGCAAAACUUCAAACCGAGAUUCAAGUUCCAGUUCAGAUUCUGAUUUGGGGAAUCGUUCUACUUGAAAGUAUUGUAAAUGAAAUUCAUCAUUGUACCUGGUUAAUUUAGGUUUAUUGUGUAUAUAUAUAAAUAUAUAUAAAAUUAUUUAUGUUUAGCAAGUAGUAGUUUUCUAUGUUGUCAGGCGAUUAUUUUUAGAAUGUGAAUUUACCAGAGAAAACAGCCUUAAUUUAAAUACUUCUUUUUCUUUGUAAAAGUUAGGUUCUACAGUUUACUGUAGUCAAUAUUUGUAUAUUUUAAAUGUAAGCAGUUCCUUUUAAAUAAUUUAGUUUGCAAUAAUGUAUGAUAUGUUAUUUAUUCAAUUUAUAGUUCAUAAUGGCUGUGUUUUGGUUGGAUAACAGUUUAUUACCAAAGCUAGAAAGCAUUCCACCACUUCAGCCUCAGAUAUCCAAAAGAAGAAUGUAAUUUAUUGAUGAGGAAUGACAGGCAUUGAUUAGAUCUGAAGGCAGGCUAAACAGUUCAUUGUUAAGUUACCUCCACUUUAAAUAAUAUAUUUUAGUGUAGUUUCCUCACAAAUGAAAAAGGAUGGGUAAAAAGUGUAGAUAUUGUUAUUUUAACAAACAAACAAUAUUUUAACGUUUUUUUCAAUAUUAAAACUAUUUUAGUGUUAGUGAGCAUUGUUAAACAAAUAUAUAUGUAUAUAUAUAUAUAUAUAUAUAUAUAUAUAUAUA